AUGUCAGACUCCAAGAUUAAAGGAAGCUGUGUCUGUGAGAAGAUCCGCUAUGAAUUAACAGGGCAACCAAUCACCAACAUCAUCUGUCAUUGCGACACAUGUCGCAAAAUCACCGGGUCCGUCUUCAUGGCAAACAGCAUGUACAUGAAAGAGAACUUCAAGAUCACCGCCGGAGAAGACGUUCUAAAAGUUUACGACGACAAACCACCGGGCUCGAAGAAUACUAUUCACCGACACUUCUGUUCAAUCUGCAGUUCGCCCAUCCACACGACUUCGACAGGGACACCGGAGUACGAAAGUGCGCUUACUGUCACGUCUGGUACUAUGGAUCUUGGGAAUGACUCGUGGAAGCCUUCGAUGGAAGUGUUUUGCAUGAGGCGGCGGGGGUUUGUUUCCCCGUUUGAAGGAACGGACAAGCAUGAAAAGACCCCGUACUAG